AUGGGUUUUCCAACCCUUUGGAGGAAGUGGAUUAAAGAAUGUGUGUGUACGGCAACUGCUUCGGUUUUGGUUAACGGUAGUCCGACUGAUGAGUUCCCUUUUGAGAGGGGCUUAAGGCAGGAGGGCUUAAAUGUUUUGAUGGAAGUCAUGGUGGAACGCAAUAUGUUUACGGGGUACAGUGUGGGUAACCUUGCUCAAGUGUCGGUGUCGCAUCUUCAGUUUGCUGAUGAUACGUUGUUGAUGGGGACUAAGAGUUGGGCGAACGUUCGGGCUUUGCGGGCUGUCCUUGUGUUGUUCGAGUCUAUGUCUGGUUUGCGAGUGAAUUUUCAUAAAAGCAUGCUGGUUGGGGUUAACAUCCCUGAUUCUUGGUUAGGUGAAGCGGCGUCAGCUCUGUGCUGUAGAGUAGGGAAGAUCCCUUUCCUUUAUUUGGGCCUUCCUAUUGGGGGUGAUCCGAGGCGUUUAUGUUUUUGGGAACCGGUUCUGGAUCGUCUAAAGAAUCGAUUAUCAGGUUGGAGAAGUCGAUUCCUCUCUAUUGGUGGUCGUUUAGUUUUGCUUAAAUCUGUGUUGACCUCUUUGCCUGUUUACGCUCUUUCUUUCUUUAAAGCUCCCUCAAGAGUAUGGGGGUGA